ACCGCGAUUGCCGCGGUCGCCGCUGCUGCCGGUUACGCCAGCCCUGCCGCCGCCCGCUUCGAUUCUGCGCACAGGCGGCCCCCAAGCCUGUCAUUCUGCAAAAACACAGUUUACUCAACACGCCGCACACACUUGCGCGCACACACACAUACACACGCGCGCGCGCGCACGCACACACAUACACACACUUAUACACACGCACGCACACACGCGCGCGCGCAACCCAGGCCCCCGCGCGCACACGCACGGGAGCGCGCGAGCGAGCAAGACGCGCACACCCGGCGAGCCAAGUUCCGCAGCCUGGCAUGGCUUCUGGGGACCUUUACGAGGUUGAAAGGAUUGUGGACAAGAGGAAGAGCAAGAAGGGGAAAUGGGAAUAUCUUAUCCGAUGGAAAGGCUAUGGCAGCACGGAGGACACGUGGGAGCCGGAGCAUCACCUCCUGCACUGUGAGGAGUUUAUUGAUGAGUUCAAUGGGCUGCAUGUGUCCAAGGACAAGAGGGUGAAGUCAGGGAAGCAGGCUGGAGCCUCCAAGCCCCUUCGAGACUCCCGCAGCCCGCCAGUGGAGAGACUCUCCCAUCGGCCUCUAGAACCCGGGAAGAGCAAAUCGACUUCCCACAAGCGGAAGCGCGUCAACUCUCCCCUUUCCAGGCCCAAGAAAGGGUCUUCAGGAAAGGCCCCCGGGGCUGGAGACAGGGCCACCAAGACUGUGUCCUAUAGGACUACUCCCAGUGGCUUGCAAAUCAUGCCCUUGAAGAAGGCCCACAACGGCUUGGAGAACGGAGACGCUGGUUCUGAGAAGGAUGAGUUGCAGUUUGGAAAUGGGUCCCAUCCGCCGGAUUUGGAGUUGAAUGACCAGGUUGGCGAGCAAGACACCAGUGACUGUGAUGGGACCCACUCCGCGCUGGUGGAGAACGGAGUUGGUUCCGCUUUGACCAAUGGGGGCCUGAACAUGCACAGCUCUGUGAAGAGGAAGCUGGAGACAGAGAAGGACUACGUCUUUGACAAGAGGCUCAGAUACAGCGUCCGGCAGAAUGAAAGCAACUGUCGCUUCCGGGACAUCGUGGUGCGGAAAGAGGAGGGCUUCACACACAUUCUUCUGUCCAGCCAGACUUCGGAUAACAAUGCCCUUACACCUGAGAUCAUGAAGGAAGUCCGGCGAGCACUGUGCAACGCGGCCACAGACGACAGCAAGCUUCUGCUGCUCAGUGCAGUGGGCAGUGUGUUCUGCAGUGGCCUGGACUAUUCCUACCUGAUCGGCCGGCUGUCCAGUGACCGGAGAAAGGAAAGCACACGGAUUGCAGAAGCCAUCAGGGACUUCGUGAAGGCCUUUAUCCAGUUUAAGAAGCCCAUCGUGGUAGCCAUUAAUGGGCCAGCAUUGGGCCUGGGAGCCUCCAUUCUACCACUCUGUGACAUUGUAUGGGCCAGCGAGAAGGCCUGGUUUCAGACACCAUACGCUACUAUCCGCCUGACACCUGCUGGCUGUUCCUCCUACACCUUCCCCCAGAUCCUGGGUGUGGCGCUGGCCAAUGAAAUGCUGUUCUGUGGGCGGAAACUCACCGCUCAAGAGGCGUGCAGCCGAGGCCUCGUGUCCCAGGUCUUCUGGCCCACAACAUUCAGCCAAGAGGUCAUGCUGCGCGUGAAGGAAAUGGCAUCUUGCAGUGCCGUGGUUUUGGAGGAGUCCAAAUGCCUGGUCCGAAGCUUCCUGAAGUCUGUGUUGGAGGACGUGAAUGAGAAGGAGUGCCUCAUGCUGAAACAGCUCUGGAGCUCAUCCAAAGGCCUGGACUCCCUGUUCAGCUACCUGCAGGACAAGAUCUAUGAAGUCUGAAGGGCCCCCAGCACACCUGCUCCCCCCCCAACUCUUUGAGGGUCCCUGACUUCCAGCUGGGCCUUGUGUUUCUGCCAUCGGAGCCCAGGGUCCACCCCUAGCCAGGAGGUUGUCAGGGUCUAU